AUGAGCCAAUCAGUUGCAUCAUCAAUCUCUAACGAUCUUCAAGUUCCUGAUGAAAAGUAUGUAACACUUUCCGAUGGUCGUCAAUUAGCAUAUACCGAACAAGGUGAUAUAAAUAGUAAUAAAAUAAUUAUCUUCUUUCAUGGAGUAUUUGGUGUUGGAGAUUCAUCAAUGGAGACGAAGCUUUACCAAGAAAUUGAAUAUCAUUUUAUUGCUCCUACACUUCCUGGUUGGGGUAAUAGUUCACCAUGGCCAGAAAAUCAACCAAUUUUAAAUUAUCCUAAUGAUAUUCAUCAACUAUUAUUAUCUAUGAAGAAAAAUGAUAAUAAAAAUCUUAAAAUUACUGUUGGAGGUGGCAGUUAUGGAACUGUUUUUGCUCAAAUAUGUUUUGGUGCAUCUCCUGAUAUAAUGCCUGAAGUUGCCAAUGUUAAAUCAUUAAUUCUUUGCUCUAGUUUUUCUCCAUUUAAAUAUCAUAAAGAAUAUACAACUGGAAUGAGUUGGUUAAAUUAUUUUGCGGUCGGUAUACCAGCUAUUUAUUUUCCUUCUAUUAGAAGAUUAAUGGGAUCAUUUAUCAAAAAAAAAGUUCGUAAUAUUGAUGAAGCGAAGAUUUUUUUGCGAGAAAAUAUAUUUAAUCAAAUGAAUGAUGAAGAAAAAGCUAAAUUACAUAAAUGGGAAGAAGAGAGAAAUCAUCCAUCAGGAUGGAUUCUUGAAACUAUGGCAAGAAAUAUGUGUUUAAGUAUGUCAAAAACAAUGGAUGGAUUCAAUACUGUUGCAUAUAUUUUACAUUCGGAUUGGGGUUUUGAUCCGAAAAACCUUCCAUCAUCACCAAAACGAAAAGUAUUGAUUAUAGCCGGAAAAGGAGAUAAAAUAGCUCAUAUGGAAAUGUCAACAUAUUUAGUCGAAAGUUAUCCAAAUGCAGAACUUCAAAUACUUGAUGGAGGUCAUUUAGCAUCAUUUUUUGAAAUUAAUGUAAUUAUAAAAAAUUGGUUGACAAAUCUUGACAAAGAAUUAGAUGAAUAA